AUGCCCAACCCCAAUCACUCAGCGCUGCUCAUAGCCUCUGGCCACCGGAUUGUCGUAGGAAUCGACUUUGGGACGCUUUCCUGCGCAUUUGUUGGGAAGAUCUCUAAACUCGGUUAUUUCAAUGAUUUUACGAGUGGCCCGAUCAGCUCUCGAUAUACCGCCUUGAAAGAUGCCUUCAACGACGAUGCAGCAGGAACCGGCAAAAUGUUACUCACGAAGAUCAAAUUCCUCGUUGAGCCCAGCACAAACCACAACGCGGAUGCGAACUUGCCCAAUACCAUUGAUGCCCUCGAGCUUGUUGCAGAAUACCUCCAUCAGCUUUUCGAGUACUUGAUGGAAAGGCUCCGGAACACAUUUGGCACCACUUUGCAACCUGAGGACUUGCAGUAUUGCCUCACAGUUCCAGCCAUAUGGAGCGAGCACGCCAAGCAUACCAUGCGGCGCGCCGCUGCCCGUGCGGGUUUGAUUUCGCCCGGUGAGGUCAACAUGCCCCGAUUGAGCGUGGUCUUGGAGCCCGAAGCAGCGGCAAUCUACUGUUUCAAGAAAGUCAAGGAAGCUCCCAUGCGGCCCGGAGAAACCGCUAUAGUCGUUGAUGCAGGUGGAGGAACGGUCGAUAUCGUCGCAUACAGAUUCCAAUCUGGGAUUGAUGCCUCCCAGAAGAUGGUUGAAGUUGCUCCGGGAACUGGCGGUCUCUGUGGGUCCACCUUCAUUGACGAGGUCUUUUUGGACUGGUUGGGAAGCAAAGUGGGCAAGAUGGCCCUUGCGGAUCUCAAGCGCGAGAAAGGAGUUGACUACUUGCAAGACGGAGUCAGCGACAACGUCUAUAUUACUCUGGCGGACAUGCAAUCCUUCUUCGAUCCAAUCGUUGAGCAAGUGUUGCAGUUGAUUGAGAAGCAACUUGACAAGUGUCCCAACAAAAGAUCGGACAAACUCUUCGGGGUUGGAGGCUUCAUGGCUUCCCCCUAUCUUCAGAAAAAAAUCAAAGAACGGAUUUCCGACAAGUGCGGAAUCAUCAUUUUUCCCAGGGACCCUGGCGCCGCUGUCGUGCAAGGCGCAGCUUUGCACGGUUUGAACCCGCAUGCAAUCCAAGCUCGCUUCUCGCGAUUCACGUAUGCCUUCAAGCAUAACCUUGAGAAGCACCAAUUCCUAACAAAAUAUCCAAGGGGUCCGGAACCAACAAGUGCCGACGUAUUCCUCCAUGAGGAGAAAGGGGUUCCCUAUCUUCACGUGUAUCAUCCUAAGAUGACGGCCAACCAGCUGGUGGAAGUUCAGGACUUUUACAGCACCAAGGUUUACCCACUGUACAGCUGGCAGACAUCCCUGACGCUCCAACUCGUCGCAACUGCAGAGGAAUACAAACAGGAGAUGCCAGUCUCUUGCGUAAACGGACAUUUUGAUGUCGGGUCUUUGAUCGUGGACGGCAUCCCUCUCUCAGGCCCAGACCGUUCCGUUAAGUUGACCUUCUAUUUCGGUCUCACCGAGCUCACCGCUAUCGCUCGUGUCAAUGCCACCAAUGACGAAAAACGAAUCUCAGUCAAUUUUUCUACUCGCUGA